CUUCCUACUCUACCUUCCACCUACUUCGUCAGUGGCAUUCAGUUAAGUUAGAAAUCUAGCAUGGUGUAAAGAGUAUUUCCACUUGUUUGUGGAUGCUACGUAUUCCUUUUCUCCAUUUCCACAUGUUGAAAUUUUAUUUCUUCAUCUGUCUGAUGUGCUGGGUGAAAUCAGAUGAGGAGAAAAAAUGCCCUGAAUUUACAGAUCUUAAUAUAGGCAAUGCUUUGACUGGAACGAAUCUUGAAGUCCAACUGCUGUUAAACACAAGGGAAAAUCCAGAUUGUUCAGAGAAACUAAAUGAACACAAUGUUACAGCAUCUGAAUAUCUUAAUACCUCCAAGAAAAUUGUAUUUGUUGUUCAUGGCUUCAGACCGACAGGAUCUUCACCAGUAUGGCUAGGUGACAUGAAGACCCUUUUACUAACUUCAGAGGAUAUUAACCUAAUUAUAGUUGAUUGGAAUCGUGGUGCUACAACUCUUAAUUACAACACUGCUGUUGAAAAUACCAGGAAAGUUGCAAAAAUACUGAAGAACUAUAUUGACCAGAUGCUGGCAGAUGGAGCUUCUCUUGACUACAUGCACAUAAUUGGAGUUAGCCUUGGGGCUCAUGUAGCUGGUUUUGUUGGCAAGAAGUAUAAUGGCAGACUUGGCAGAAUUACAGGUCUUGAUCCUGCAGGUCCUUUGUUCUCUCAAGAACCACCAGAAGGGAGAUUGUAUUACACCGAUGCACAAUUUAUUGACGUAAUUCAUACAGAUAUUGAUGCACUAGGUUUCAGGAAACCUUUAGGAACCAUCGAUUUCUAUCCGAAUGGAGGAAUGGAUCAGCCUGGUUGUCCAAAAACAGUAUUUAGUGGAUUUCAGUAUUUUAAAUGUGAUCAUCAGAGAUCUGUCUACCUCUUCCUAUCAUCCUUGAAAAACGGGUGCAACAUCACAGCAUAUCCUUGUGACUCGUACUUUGAGUACAAGAGAGGAAAAUGUGUCGAUUGUAAAGCUUUUCAUCCCAUGUCCUGUCCUGUACUGGGUUAUUAUGCCGAUAGGUGGAAAGAAGUGUUGAUACAAAAUAAUUUACCAACAAAAGCUUAUUUUGAUACUUCAGACCAUGACCCAUUUUGUAUAUAUAACUACUUAUUGGAUAUCACUACUUGGAAUAAAAAUACCAGGAGAGGUUUUAUUAGAGUUAAAAUAACUGAUCUUGCUGGAAAGACAGUAGAAUCAGAAAUGGAUAGUGAGGCUGCAACCUUUCAGCAAUACAGAAGAGUCAAAAUACUAACAGGAUUUUACCAGGAUUUGGACAAAAUAUCRAGAAUUUCCUUGACCUUUUCUACAAAGUCUUUAAUAGGACCAAAAUAUAAGCUCAGGAUUCUCCAGAUGAGGCUAAAAUCUCUUAAUAACCCAGAAAGGCUGCAACUGUGCAGAUAUGAUUUUGUGUUGAUGGAGAACACUGAACUGACCUUCAAGCCUAUCCCAUGCUAAGAAAGUGAUAUAGGAAGAUGGAACUUCUGCUAACUUCAUUUAUCUCACAGCAGUGACAUUUUGAUUCUUUCUCGGGAUAAAGACUGCAGUGAGAGAGGAAAUGAAAUGCUGGAUUUAUUUUCAAGAAUCUGUGGUAGUAUUUUUGAAGCCCUGUGAGUACCUUAGAGUGAAGUUUAUUGGAAAGGAUAUUUUUGGGGGAUUUUUUUCCGAAAUUAAACAAGUGUAUCAAGGCAAAGAAUAUGCAAUGCUUUCUUUAUUCACUAUUAUUUGUUAGUGGUGAGGGGGCUACUGAAUUAAAUAUGAAUUAUCUAUAUAAUCUCAACACAUUAUUUAUCAAGUCAUAUGUAUAUUUAUUUAUUCUUUAUAAUGGUUUUUAUAUUGAAAAAUAAUUUCUUUUUGUUAAGUGAAUUUGAUACAUACCGUACAUGUAAUCUGUAGAUAUAAUAUAUAACAGUUCUUCUGCACUAUAUUCCUUGAAUAAAUGAAAUCACAUUUCU